GAGGGAAUGUACCAAAUCCACGGUUCAGUCAUGGGAAUUAGCAUGGCUAGUAUAGCGACAGACUUCAGACAAGUGGCGGUCGCCUGGGUGGCCUGGUUCGCGUGUCAAGCUCCCAUCCUGCACUGCCGCGGUUCGAGUCCCGCUGAGGGUGUUGACAAGAACGAUGCGAGGUCUAAACUGCAGUCCACUGGUCCCUGCAUGAGAGCAAAUUUUAGGAAAGCAAGGCAAUACGAAAUCGAAUGGAAACGUCAGCUUAACUCGGAUCAUUGUGGCAAAAUUCUACUACCAGUCCUUCAUCAGCUCAGACGAAAUGGGGUGAAUACAUCUCGCAUUAAUUUAACAUGGCCUUGCUUCUCAAAUGGUAUUAUCGUCCCUACAGGAAUGGAAUGCAGUUUCAACCUCGCCUGGACCGGUCUCGUCGGCACCCCGGCCGGACUCGAACGCAGGCUGUAG